GAGAAACCUGCUAGCUAGCUAGCUAUCAAGAGUGAGAAAAAGGAUCCACCGUUGGUCCGGUGCUUCAGUCCCAGGUUGAACCAUGAUCGAAUCUUUUGGUCUGGCCUUCAACAGCUUGCUUGCAUCAUUGCUUUGCAAAAUUCUGCAUUGCCAUGGCCGCACGUUUCGUGGAACCCACAGUGAUGAGAAGAGCACCGUGUCUCAUUUUUCUAUCAUUUAGUUGGGUAGCAUCUCAAUCUCAAUCUCAUCAUUGCUUAUUGUUUGCAUACCUGAAGGAUACUACGGUAGCUAGCUAGCUAAAACACCAUGACAGAAGAAAAAGAAGAAGGACCCAAAGUGGAACGCAUGGCCAAACUGGUCAACUUGAGUGAAGCUGACAUUGGCAAACACGUCAAGUUGCAUGGCUGGGUCUAUUCAGUCCGUACACAGGGAGCGGGUACUCUGUGCUUUGUGGAUCUUGGCGAUGGAACGACGGUGACUCCGGUCCGUUGUUUGGCCGCCAAAGUGAGUGACGAACAAGGCGCGGACAAUGCUACUACUGCCUAUUAUAAGACCAAGGAUUCUGCCUCGUUACUCGUAAACGCCAAUACGGACGAAGCGUGUUAUUCCCGUCUGAGUUUUGAGGAACUCUGUGAAACGUCCAAUCUCUCGUUGGGAUGUUCCGUCAUGAUUAUUGGCUAUGUAGCAGCACCGCCGGAAGGCACGACACAAACAUUGGAAGUCAAAGUGCUGGAACUCUUUGUCAUGGGCGGUGUGGAAGAUGCGGCGAAAUAUCCCAUUCAAAAGUCCAUUUACAAGAAACCAUUGGCCAUGCGCAGUCAUCCUCAUGCACGAUUCCGCGCACCACUGAUUCAACAAUUGAUGCAAAUUCGAGCACAAGCUCUCUUUGCCGUACACGAAUUCUUUCACAACGAAGGAGUCCCGCUCUUGGAUCCCAACAUUAUGACGGCCAAUGAUUGCGAAGGUGCGGGAGAAGUAUUCAAGAUUGCGCCCCAAAUGUUUACCAAAUUGCCCGAAGAAGAACCCAAAAAGAAAAAAAACAAAAAGAAAAAGGGCAAACAACAGGCAGAAGAAGAACAAGAAGAACCACCCAAAGAAGAAGAAGAAGAAGAAGAAACACCACCCACCGAACCCGAAAAGGGCCCCGAAGUUGGUUUGACCGUCAGUUCCCAGCUUCCACUCGAAGCCAUUGCCAUGGGCACGGGAAGUGUCUAUACUUGCCAAAAAUCAUUUCGAGCCGAAAAAUCCGACACCAACAAGCAUCUCGCCGAAUUCUUGCACGUCGAAUACGAACAAUACUUUAUUACGUUGGACGACCUCGUCGAUCAAGCCGAACGCUUUGUCAAACACGUUGUCGCGACAGUAUUGGAUCGAUGCCAACCGCAAUAUCAUUUUCUCAGUCAGAAACAUGCAUCGCCGGAUGAAUUUCACGGGCAUGCUACUUAUUUGAGAACUUUAUUGGAUAAACCAUUUGUCCGCAUUUCCCACAAAGACGCCAUUGAUGCCAUGUUACAAGAUGUUCGCGACAAGGUCCAAGUCACCAACGAGCAGGGCAAACAAGUCAAGCUCAAAUUCAAAGUCAUGCCGAAACAGGGAGAAGAUCUCGGCAGUGAGCAUGAAAAGUACCUGGUGCAAAAAUUUGGAACCUUUGUCUUUGUCACGCACUGGCCAUCGGCUAUUAAAAGUUUUUACAUGAAACAAGUCGUCGGAGACGGCACGUGCGAAUCGUUUGAUUUGCUGGCACCCCUCGUGGGAGAACUCUUUGGUGGAUCCAUGCGCGAAUGGCGGUACGAUGUUCUAGCGGAUAUGAUGGCCAAGAAGGGAAUGGAUAUGAAACCGCUCCAAUGGUUUGUCGAUUUGCGCAAGGACGGCACGGCCCCUCAUGGUGGAUGGGGCAUGGGAUUUGAUCGACUUGUCAUGUUCUUGACCAAUGCCGCGUCGGUGCGGGAUGUCGUCCCGUAUCCCGUCUAUUAUGGACAUUGUCCUUAUUAAUUUUAAAAGAAGGAUGGUAGAUUGGAUUUUAGAUGUGGAGGAGCUUUGAUGGAAGUGGUUGGUUGGCUGGCUGGCUGGAUGGCGAACGGUAGCACAGGAAAGAUGCACACGGUUGCACACGACAAUAAUGAUAAACGUAUCUUUUGAAAAUUUACCGUUGUGGAUUGCUACUUCGAGUUUCCGCAACAUUUUCAUCAGACUUUGACACGUCAUCCUCGCGACGGACCAAAGAUGAUCUCACGCCAACUCCUGUAUACAUUGCGCAUCCAUGCAAGUCCUCGCUCGUUCACUCGCCGUUUCGUUGUGCUCGUGCCUGAGAUUCACUCCUUCUUGAGCUUUUUGGUCUUAUCAUCGAUCGUCGAGGCAAAAGCAGGCUUGUAUUCCCCUCUUGCGCUGUUGCGUCAUCUCUCGAACACUUGCCGGGUUUAGGGCAGGAAGGUUCGGUCAGGGUCUCCUGGAUCUUUAUCUUGACGCACCCCUGACCUGGCCAUCUCGAGUGCUAGCUGAUGGCAACCUGACCAUGACAAGAGCAAUGUACGGGCUGAAUCAGAAUCACAACUCGUAAAGGAAAGGCACCGUAUAGUACAGUACCGACAGGAAGAACGUCUCGAGUCAUUUAUCAUACUUGUAAAUCAAAUCUAGAACAUUUAUGUUUUGCCGCUAAACAGUUCCACGAAGGAUAGACGAACGUCGCCCCGCAGUAGUACCGGCACCAUUAUGUCAUCAUACAUGUAAUCAUCAUUCCAUUCCCAACCCAAGAAGUGGGUUCCGUGUCAGAGCCAAGCCUGGGUGCUCAGGGCAAGACCACAGCUCCACAUUUAUCUCAGUAUAGUAUUGGCACCAUGCCAUUAUACGAUCACCAGUCCCAACCCAAGAAGUGGGUACCGUGUCAGAGACCGAAGCCCGAGUGCUCAGGGCAAGACCACAGUUCCACAAAACAAUCCAUGAAUUGCAGCAGACGCAAAUAUAGGGGGAACAAGAAGAACAUCCCCAAGAAGAGCAAAAGAAGGCGCAGGGCACCCGCCAUCAACGCCAUUGCGAUCCCAACCAAAAGAUCUUUUGUC